CGUUCAUCGUAAAUAAAAUUGUAAGCGAACAUCUUUAAGUAUUUCAGUAGCUGAGCUUACAGAGGAAUGGCCACGGUUCGUUUUAUUUCAUUUGUUUUAUUGGAGAGUAUUUUCCUUGCCCAUUUGCGGGCGCAGACACUUAAUAUCCUGGCGUAUGAAUACAGCAGGAAAUUUUGGGAGAUCCCAGAUCUCGGACUUGAGAUGGGACAAUGUGCUCAUUACGUGAAGGAAGUAAUACCGGGUUUUCCAUUAGUCAACAGAUGCAUGUUACCACCCGUCUCGGGACAGUCAAAGCUACACCAUUUUAAGUUUCAAAAUGAUACACAGAAUAUUCAAGUACAAUCAGCUAACGAUAUAUUUGCCUACAUUGGACUAUGUGAUGCUACAGCCAUAACCACACUGGGGCUACUGCACAGAGGUGAUUGUAUAGCGAUUGAAAUAGCAAGCAGCCUGACGUUUAACAAGAAGACCUACGUCCGUGCAUAUAUUGAGUACUAUCGUAAAAAUGUGGUCAGUCUUGAACAAACCAGCCUAGCCGGAAUUCCACUGACGGCAGGCCAUGGUCAAGAAUACUUUCUGAAGAUCCGCAGUAUAGGUACCAUGGAAGUUGUGCUUGUCGAGAUGAGGUUUGCAGACAAACAGAAAGCCGCCAUUUUGAGAAACACUCGAUACAGCCAAAGUCUGUCCAUGAAGGACUGGAUCUCCUUUGCCAACCAAACAGUGGGCGAGCCGUCCAACGUCAAAGUAAUUCGAAUGUCCACUGCAAGACGACUCAUGGAAGUGAAGAAAUACAGGACUGGUAAAAUGGCAGAAAUCAAGGGAUUAUUGGGACGUUACGAGGGGGAGAUCCAGGACAUAAGAAGGGAGAUAUCACAGGACUACAUACAACCCCACCUAGACUACGCCUUCCAGCCCUACUACACCAGGCCUCAGGGACUUCAAUUACGAAGUGGAUCAGACAGAUCGCUGUGGGAGAAGGCAUCAAUAACAGAGGUCAAAAUUAUCAAAGCCCAGGCCCGCCAGAGGUCCAUACUGCGUAGAUGUAAGCGAAUCAUAUUGCCCAGUUGUGCAACAAUGAAAACUCUGAAGUCACAAAUCAAAUCUCUCAAAGCAACAUUCGAUACAGAAAGACGAAAAUGGGUCAAUUUAAGCGAGACACAAAAACAACAAACAGUGGAAACAACUAGAAAGAAGAUUAACAACUUGGCACAACAACAAUCAAAAAUGAUUUCCCAGUUUAAGCAAUGGAGAAGACAACAAAAAGCCGCAAAGAGAGCCGAGAAAUUAAAACAGAAGAAACUCCGCCAGAAACAGAGAUCACAGAGGAAGAAAUCCAAGAAAAGGAAAAUUACUAGAAGUAAAAUAGUACUGUUAACCAAUAACACUAUCCUACCGACCGUAGUGUAGUUAUGGUACAAUAUACCGGUAUAUUCUGUUAUUGUUGAUCAAUCUUUCUUUUGUUAUGCUUUCAUCGCUGAAUGGAUGGUUUAGAAUGAAUGAUUGGAAAAUAAUCAUCGUAUGUCAGACAUCGUCUCAAGCCACGGUUCGCAGUCUGCAUAUAUAGCUUUCUCCUUCUCUCUUAGAAUGGGGAAAGGAUCGUAAAUUUUGGCAGUGGUUUGCGACGAUGAAUGUCAGAUUGUGAUGAUAUUAUGAUUGACAAACUGAAUUUCUUAUGCUUCCUGUUUGUUUAUAUAUGUUACGUAUACCACUUUGAGACUGUUUUCUCUACUACUCCGGCAGACCUAAUGAUUUGAUAUGAUUUUACUGGUUAAUGUCUGAAAUAAUACAGUAGAUCUUGAUUGCAUAACUAAUAUUUUCUGAGACUUAAUUUACGAAAUAUGUUUUGAGACUAGAUGAAUAUAAAAAUAUAAUAAUUGUAAUGUGUCGAUCCGUCGUUUGUCAAGCUGUUUGCCUGUUAAUCUAUAUGAAUAAAUUUUCAAAACUCCA